UGUAGUUCAUUCUCGGACUUCCGUGUUCUUUCACUACUACCAUCAACCAACCGGCCGACGCAGAGGAACAAGCAGAAUGUCUCAUCAAACCGGCAUCCAGGCUACCGGGGAAGUGAAAGAAAUCUUUGCAAGGGCUCGGAAUGGUGAAUAUCGGCUGAUCAAAGUAGUGAUUGAAAAUGAGAAGCUAGUUCUUGGCGGAAGCAAACGUGCUGCCAAGAAAUGGGACCAAGAAUGGGACAGCUAUGUUCUUCCUCUCGUGGAGGAUGACAUGCCUUCAUACCUUCUCUACAGGUUGGACACCACCAAUAAUCAGGGUUAUGAGUGGAUCUUUCUGGCCUGGUCUCCAGAUCACUCUCCAGUUCGACAAAAGAUGUUAUAUGCUGCUACGAGGGCUACGGUGAAGAAAGAGUUUGGUGGUGGACACAUUAAAGAGGAGAUUUUUGGCACAGUGAAGGAUGAUGUCUCUCUAAAUGGCUAUAAAAAGUACCUCACCUCCCAAGCAGCACCUCUUCCCCUGACAGCAGCAGAAGAGGAACUGAGGCAAAUCAAACUCAGCGAGCUGCAGACAGACAUCCAUGUUGACACAAAACAGCAGACUCUCCAAGGUGUGGCUUUCCCCAUGCAGAGAGAAGCUAUUCAGGCCCUGGAGCAGUUCAAAGAGAAGAGGAUUAACUAUGUUCAACUGGAAAUUGAUUUUCCUAAAGAAUCCUUCAAGUUGUCCAGCACAACCCCUACAGAAUUGAGAGACCUGCCGAAAAGGAUUCCUAAAGAUGCAGCGAGAUUUCACUUUUUCCUCUACAAACACUCCCAUGAAGGAGACUACCUUGAGUCCACAGUGUUCAUCUACUCUAUGCCUGGUUAUAAUUGCAGCAUCAAAGAGAGAAUGCUGUACUCAAGCUGCAAGAACCCUCUCAUAGACACAGUGGAGAAAAACUUGGGCAUUGAAAUAGCUAAGAAGUUGGAGAUUGACAAUGGCGAUGAACUGACUAGUGAUUACAUGUACGAAGAGGUCCAUCCCAAGCAGCAUGCACACAAGCAAGCCUUUGCCAAACCCAAGGGGCCAACUGGGAAGAAGGGUGGUCGUAGAAUCACACGGGCGCCAGGGGAUGGCGUUGAUGAUGAUUAAACCUCUUCCACCACCAACCUACUCCAAGACAGUGGUACACUCCGUCCUUGAACCGAAUCCCCAGUUUUACCUAGAGUCAAGUAGACCACAACCCUGUAGACUGAUCUAUGCACAAAGUAAAACACUAAGCCUGUGAAAUGACAUAUUGUAGCUUGCAAUAUGAAGUUUGCGGUACACGAGAAUGUAUUUACAAAGCUUUCAUUUGCAUUCAAGGAUGCCAUCUGUGAUGUUCCUGGAGACAGUUUUAACACUAUUACACUGUUUACCUGCAUAUUGUAGAUUGACUUGUUUAUUUAGCUCAGAAGACUAUGAUACACAGUGCAAUAUUGUUGAAAUAGACACUCCAUUUAGUGCUUGUUUUUCAGAUAUAGAUAUCGAUUGCUCAAAAAGAUGAUUUUCAAGAAAAACCUUUGGUUUCCCAUAAAUGGAUAUCUAGUCUAGCCCAUGUAUAAAUCGCACUUUUGAUGGUAGCUUUACAGUUAAAUAAAAUUUUAGCUGAGGACUAGGGUUAAUAUUUGUCUGACAGAUUAGCUUCAGAACAGGGUAGUUUAUGCCAAGAUUAGGCUUGAUUUAUAUUUGGAAAACAAGCCCUGAAAGUUAAACAGUCCAUGGUUGGUCUUAACUAGAGUCCAUAAAUCCAUGAAUGACUGAACAACCCUGAUCAGGAAGGUCAGAAGUUCAGCUAUGUUUUAUGAGUUGCAAGCAUUAUAAAUUAACUUUCUGAUUGAAUAGGUCAUAAAACAGUUUGGCGUUCCUAUUGAAAAUCAGGCCGCCUUAAAGAGUGACCAAAUAAGUCACAUUAGGACAAAGUUAAUCAGUAUUUUGACAGCCUCAGAAGCAUUUUGAUGAAGGAUUUGCCAAUAGUAACGCGCUGAAAAUGUUCCAAUACCUUUAUACCUAUUUUAAAACGUGUAUUAAGUCUUAAAAGUUGUGAUUUUUAAUGUAGGAAUGUUUAAUUAUAGAGAGAUGAAUAUAGAGUUUGUAGAGGAACCAGUCAUAACACACAAAUCAGAAACAGCGAUGCUCUCUGCACCUUAGCUACUUUUCACGUUCCUCUAGUGAAGACUAAACCUGCAGAGAUACUAUUUUUCUAAGCCUGUACAGUUGUAUGUCCAGAUAAUGUUGUUGUCUAACAUCUUGGAAUGAGUGUCCAUGGUUUCAAGUGUUUAUGGCCAUCUUUUCUGUUUCAGCAAAUGUUUUUGGCCUCCAUUUCAUGGCAUUCACAACCGCAUUAAUGUAUACAGUGCAUGAAGGUUACUUAGCAUCUAAUUUGGGAUGCCAUUGAAGCCACUUAUAAGGGAAGGGAUUACAUGUCCCAGAGUUCCAUCUACUGAUUCACAACAGGCAAACCACUAAUAACAUGUCUUCUAUGUGAGGGUAAAUGAAGUCUUGAAUGGAAUCAUUAUAGUUCAAAGUCAUUAAUGUCUUUUUCUAUGCAUUGUGUAAGAAAGGGGGAGAGAAAAAAAUAAAAUAUUUGAA